AUGAUGCCCAGACACGCCGCAACAUUUUCGAGAGCCCACAUUACCUCGAGGAACUGGCGCUGCCGGAAGACACCAAAAGGUUCAUUCGCGUCCUCAGAAACCCUUACGAGGGAAGCCUGCCUAAUUGGCACCAACCACGUGUCCCAAGCCAGCGCAGAUGACGUCAGGCUGCUCAUUGAGGCGGUCACGCCAGACGUCGUGGCCGUGGAGGCGUUAAACACCGUACACAAGGAGUUCUCGGGGGAUUUCCGAGAGCUCUGGUCUUAUUAUCUUGGCAUAUUCUUUGCCCAGGCUUUGGGCGUACCUUAUGGAUGCGACUUCCGCUCGGCCAUUCGCGCGGCCGAGCGACUUGGCGCCCACGUCGUGCCCAUCGACCAACACAGCGACUUCACGGAGGAGAGGAAAAAGGAGAUUGCGCGAAUCCUCGAGGAGAAGAACGCCCGCCUCAGUUUAAAGGAGAGAGUCACACGUCUUGCGGAAUCAUUGCGACGGAUCAAGAAUGAAUGGAGAAACCCUUUGGCAGCGGAGGAUGCCAAGACUGCAGUUAAAGCACUUGCGGGGAUCGUAACGGCUUUUUUGACAGGCGAGCCUGCCCCUUUGGACGAGAUUGUAGCUCUCCAAUCUUAUGGGAACAAGAUCAUGGAGGCGAGCCGGCUCGAAGCUUUCAAGAACGGGAAAAUGCGGGAACUUAAAGAGACGGGAAAGCAAAUCGAUAUACUGCUUCGGUCCAUGAGCGGGACCGAGCUUGCAAGGAUUUCGACGAGGCACACGAAGUUCGUUGCGGUGGUGGGAGCGAUGCACGUGCAGGGAAUCAUACUCCGCUUCGCCGAGUACUGUGCGGAGUUCUGUGCUCCUUCUGCUCAAGAGGAUCUGGAAGAAAGAUUUGACAAGGGUCCGGGGACUUCUUUAGACAAGGAGAAACGAGGGGUGCACCCCUUGCUCCAACAGGACGGGCUUCCGAAGACGCCAAAUCAAACGAAGCUGGAACUGCUUCGCCGGGGCGUUACCCUCGUUGGAGCAAGUGGGCUCUGCGCCUUUGCCUGUUGCAAGUGGCCAACAAUAGCGAAGCUUGGGAUUGGCGCUUUUACAGCGCACGGACUACUGAAGUUGGGCCUGGCAGCCUUAACGGCCAAGUGGGCGGAGUUCGGAGAGUACGUAGAAGCGGCUUCUUCAGAGCUUCGUAAACAAGAAGAUCCUGAAGAAAUCGCUUUUCAGGAGUGGAUGCAGGAACUCUCAGCUGGACGGAAGGAGCCUUUUGCAUAA